AGGGCGCUGUUAGAGUAAAAUCGUGCCGGAGCUUUUGUCUUGAAAUAUUGUGAAUUUUUGAAUUUUAUUACAAAUUUUAUAUAAUAUUAAUUGGUUGGAGAGAAAAAAUGAGAGGAGGCAUAAGGGGACGUCGUGGAAUGGGUCGAACAAGUCAAUUCAAACCUAAGCUUUUUGUCCCUCGAUUACCGUUUGAUUUUCACGUGGCAUUAUUAAAAAAAAAUCAGGAUCUAACUCCAACACCACAAGAACAAACUGCAGUUCUUAAUCUUGUGACAAAAAUUCAAACAGUAUUGGAUAAUUUAGCUGUAGCGCCAGGAACAUUUGAUGCUUGUCAAGUAGAUGAAGUUCGGCAGGUUGGAUCAUUUAAAAAAGGAACCAUGAUGACUGGCCAAAAUGUGGCUGAUAUAGUAGUUAUUAUAAAAACACUUCCUACAGGAGAAGCUGUACAUGCUCUUGGAAAUAAAGUUAUGGAGGAUAUGAAACAAGCAGAUCCUCAUGAAAUUUUAAGUAUGGCUACAAAUGAAAGUGGUUUUGAAAUCAGUUCAUCCGAGGCAACUGUCAAGGUAUUAAUAACAACUAUCCCACAGAAUUUGAGAAAACUUGAUCCAGAAUUACAUUUGGAACAGAAAAUUCUUCAACAUAAUUUGGCAUCAAUUAGACAUUCUAGAUGGUUUGAAGAAAAUGCUCAUCAUUCUAGUAUUAAAGUUCUAAUUAGAUUGUUGAGAGAUGUGAGAAAUCGUUUUGAAGGAUUUCAGCCUCUAAAUCCUUGGAUUAUUGAUUUACUGGCACAUUAUGCUAUAAUGCAUCAUCCAAGUAGACAACCACUUCCUCUGAAUUUGGCUUUCAGACGAUGUUUCCAGUUAAUGUCAUCAGGUUUAUUUCUUCCUGGUUCUGCUGGAAUACCAGAUCCUUGUGAAAAUGGAAAUAUCAGAGUUCAUACUGUUAUGUCCUUAGAACAACAAGAUUUGGUUUGUCUUACUGCACAAACUUUAUUAAGAGUAUUUGUCCAUGGUGGUUAUAAGCAGAUAUUGGGAUUGGAAGAUACAGGAAAUAUUGACAUUGCAAAUGAUAUGACUGUUUGGGAUGGUGUUGUUGUUUCACCACUUACCAAAGCUUACGAAAAGCCUCCUGACAAGAAAGAUGGAGAAGAAACAGCUGAGGAUAUGGAACAAGAAGGUGCUGAUGAUUCUAUGGAUAUGCAAGACACAUAAAUUCUGUAAUUGAAUUCAUUAAUAUAAAAUAUUAAUUUCAUAUAUGUACUUUUAUUGUGUUGCAAUCAUUCAUAGACAUUGUAUCAAUUCAUUUCUGCAUUGAUCAAUUAAAUAAUUUUUACUUUGCUUUGUGUUUCCAAAAAAA